UGAAUAAUUUGAGAGAACAACGUGAUGAAUUACGUGAUGUUAUUGAGAAUUUGAUUAAGAAUAAUCUGAUUGAGAUGAAAUCUGCACAAGAUAAGAUUGAAAAUUUACAAGGGAAAUUAAAUGAUAUGAAAUUGAUUAAUCAAAAAUUGACUACUAGAGGAGGAAGGGGAGAUGAUGACAAUGAUUAUAUCAAUGGAUAUAUCGGUGGAGAUGGUUCUGGAGGUGGUAAUGGUCAAUAUUAUGGAAAUAGAAAGAAUGGAGGUAAAUUACAAGGUCUUGCGGUCAUAAGUUCAAGUAAUCGAUUAUUUGAUUAG